AUUUGCAAUCAAGUGCCACGUAUUUCAUCUCGCACUUCCUUCCAUGGAAAGACUAAACUAUAAAUAAAAGGGUUGAGAGGGAGAAAUAUUUUGCAAACGAUAAAUGUUGAAGGAAGGUAUGAAUAUCAUGAUCCUGCUACUCCUUUUCUUAGCGAUUACGCAAUUCUCAAACGCUGAUGAACCAUUCGACGUUCGGAAACACCUUGCCACUGUAACCAGGUAUGCUGAUUCGAAGGACAUAUCUGCGAAUUCUUUUGUAUCUUCUGAAAUUCCAGAUCAAUGUACACCAAUUCAUUUGAAUCUGGUGGCAAGACAUGGCACUCGUGCACCAACAAAGAAGAAGAUAAGGGAAUUAGAAGCCUUGGAUGCUCAUUUGGAAGUCCUUGUACGUGAUGCAAAAGAACAUAAGCAAUAUUCGGAGAAAAUUCCCUCUUGGUUAGCGGAAUGGAGGUCUCCUUGGAAAGGAAAAGUUACAGGUGGAGAGUUGAUCACUGAAGGAGAAGAUGAAUUAUAUCAUCUCGGAAUCAGAGUCAGAGAAAGAUUUCCAGACCUUUUCAAUGAAGAAUACCACCCAGAUGUAUAUUCAAUCAAGACUACCCAGGUUCCUCGGGCAUCAGCUAGUGCUGUGGCAUUUGGGAUGGGUCUAUUUAAUGAAAGAGGGAAGCUUGGACCAGGAAGGCAUCGAGCUUUUGCAGUUACAAGCGAAAGCCGUGCAAGUGACAUAGUUUUGAGAUUUCAUGAUUGUUGUCAAAGCUACAAGGCUUUUAGAAAAAGUCAGGAGCCAAAUGUUGACAAGCUCAAAGAACCUCUAUUGAAUGAAAUUACUCGUGAAUUAGUCAGGCAAUAUGGGCUUAAUUUUACAAAUCAAGAUGUAUCUUCUUUAUGGUUUCUCUGCAAACAGGAAGCAUCCUUAUUGAACAUCACCAAUCAAGCUUGUAGUCUGUUCAGUCCAUCUGAGGUUUCUUUGUUGGAGUGGACUGAUGAUUUGGAGUUGUUCAUUCUGAAAGGCUAUGGUGACACACUAAAUUAUCGAAUGGGAGUGCCACUUCUUGAGGAUGUUGUUCAAUCAAUGGAACAGGCAAUUAAGGCUAAAGAAGAAGGAUAUGCUACAGGGAUCUAUGAAAAAGCAAGAAUGCGUUUUGCUCAUGCAGAAACUCUCCUUCCCUUUUCAUGCCUAAUCGGGCUCUUUCUUGAAGAAUCUGAGUUUGAACGGAUACAAAGAGAGGAAAGCUUGGAACUCCCUCCUAAGCCUCCGAAGAAUAGAAACUGGCGGGGAAGUAAUGUGGCUCCUUUUGCUGGAAAUAACAUGUUAAUCCUUUAUAGCUGCCAAUCGGACAACUCAAGCAAGUACUUUGUGCAAGUGCUACAUAAUGAACGUCCCAUAGCAUUGCCAGGUUGCCAUGGUUCGAGUUUUUGCCCAUUCGAAAUAUUCAAGGAUAAAAUAGCUGCUCCUCAUUUGAAACACGACUACAACAUGCUUUGCAACGUAAUAGAACAGAAACAGAAGGAUUCUGCUUCCACAUGAUUCAAUCGUUAGGCCAUGCAGAUGAUCCUGGCAGGUUACGAUUGCUAGGCCAAAUACUGAAUGGAUGAAUUUUAGGUAGCUGGUGGAUUUUUGGAGGUCUAACCAUAGGUAGCAAAGAAGGAAUAUAAUCAGUGGAAAUCUUUACUAGUGUUAAUUGUAUGUUUUUUCACAUACGGGAAGUUUGUGUAAUGGCCAUAUUCCUAGAGUAUGUCGAUCUUGAUUUGUCUUGGCCAUCUGCACUUACAUAUUAUGUUAACAUAGAUUUUGCAAUAACCUUAACAUAAAUAUGGCACCCAGAUUUGGUUACUAAUCCAUUAUUAAUUGGGAUGUGCUGAAUGAUCGAUUUUGCUCUUGAAACGGAGAUGUGUCCCAAAGCAUCUUUCAAAGGGAAGCAAGAAGAAUUAGUUUAUGAAGAGAAUUAAGGAUUGAGUGAAUCAAAUUGUAAUUCUCAUUUCUGCAAUAAUUCCAAACACAUUGUAGCUAUUUAUACAAUUUGCUAACAGACUUUAAUUAUCUCUUAA